GCGGGGCUCCUCCUCCUCGCUGCUCGGGCUCCUUAUGGCUCCACCGGCUCCUCCUCCUCCUGCUCCGCCCGUUCUGCCGGCCGGCCGGCGCUCCCCGCAGCCGUCCCCUGCCCGCCCCGCGUCCCCUGCGCCAUGCGGUGCCACUACGAGGUGCUGGGUGUCCGGCGCGACGCCGCCGAGGAGGAGCUGAAGCGGGCGUACCGGCGGCUGGCGCUCCGCUGGCACCCGGAUAAGAACCUAGAGAACGCUGAGGAAGCCGCAGAACAGUUCAAGUUAAUCCAGGCGGCGUAUGAUGUGCUCAGUGACCCACAGGAGAGAGCGUGGUAUGAUAACCACAGGGAGGCCCUGCUGAAAGGAGGAGUUGAUGGAGACUAUCAAGAUGAUAGUCUGGAUCUGCUGCACUACUUCACUGUCAGCUGUUACUCUGGAUACGGAGAUGACGAAAAGGGAUUCUUUACGGUCUAUCGACGAGUUUUUGAACAGAUUGUAAGAGAAGAGAUGGAGUAUAUGACCCAGGAAGAUAUUGAAGAAUUCCCUACAUUUGGAUAUUCCCAAAGUGACUAUGAUACGGUAGUCCACCCUUUCUAUGCAUACUGGCAGAGCUUCUGUACUCAGAAAACCUUUGCAUGGAAAGAAGAAUAUGACACACGACAAGCAUCAAACCGCUGGGAGAAACGAGCUAUGGAAAAAGAGAACAAGAAAACUAGAGAUAAAGCAAGGAAAGAGAGGAAUGAACUGGUCCGUCAGCUGGUAGCCUUUAUUCGUAAAAGGGAUAAAAGAGUACAGGCUCAUAGAAAACUUGUAGAAGAGCAGAAUGCAGAAAAACUUAGGAAAGCAGAGGAAUUGCGGAGGCAGCAGAAACUCAAACAAGCCAAGCUUGCUGAGCAGUAUAAAGAGCAGAGCUGGAUAACUAUGUCAGAUCUGGAGAGGGAACUGCAAGAGAUGGAGGCACAAUAUGAAAAGGAAUUUGGAGAUGGAUCAGAUGAUGACGAACUAGAAGAACAGGAGACAAAAGAAGGCAUCGAAGACAAACUGAGUGACGAGGCCGAAGAAAGUGAAUUUGCUGAUGAUCUCUACUGCCCUGCUUGUGACAAAUCAUUCAAAACUGAGAAAGCCAUGAAGAACCAUGAAAAAUCAAAGAAACAUCGAGAGAUGGUAGCACUGUUACGACAGCAACUGGAAGAAGAAGAAGGGAAAUUUCCUGCAUCUUUGGAUGAUGCAAAUGGAAUAGAUACUAAAGAGGAUGAAGAAACAGAAGAGAUGCCCAAACAAAAGCUCUCCAAGAAGCAGAAGAAGAAACAGAAAACAAUGACGAUUUAUGAGGACUCUUUUGAUAAAAGUGCUGAUGAGGAAACAGCUGAGCAAAAGGAGGUGCCAUGUGUGGACAAGGACACAGCAGAGGAAUUGGUAAAUGAUGGCCAAAGAUGUGCUGUGUCAGAGGAAAGAAGUGCUUCAGAAGAUAGCAGCCAAGUAAAUGAAGCACAAAGUGAAGUGAAAAGCAGUGCUAAGCCUAAAGGUAAAAAAGCCAAGGAUGCAAAAAAGUCUGCCAAGGCAUCUUCAGAACAUCCAACAACGAAUGAAGUUCCCAUUCACUGUGUAACCUGCAACUGUGCAUUUCCAUCCCGAAAUAAACUGUUUGAACAUCUAAAAUUGACAGGACAUGCAAAAGCAACACAAGCACCAACUGUAAAUGGAGCUGUACACACCAGAAGCAAAAAAGAGAAACGUAAAAACAGAUAGAACUUAGAUACAGUGACAGUCUCUGGAAUCAUACAUAAAAAAUCUCCCAAAAUGGAGAAGUGUGCAUUGCCUGUAUUUUGAGGUAAACAGAGCAGGCAACUCCAACUUUGGAAGAAGGAAGGAAAAAAAUGUAACAAAAGGAACGUUAUCUUGUGAAGCAACCUGUGCUUUCGUUUGUUUUUACCAGCCGUUCUUUACUGACUGAAUUUGGCUUACCCUUCCAGCAGAUUUCAUGCUGAAGGGGAAAAAAUAGUGUUUUAAAGCUAGUUGCCUUGCAUUCUUGUUGAAACUUGCAUGGAUGCAACCUAUGCAGAAGGAAUAAAUUAUUUUAACAUGUUGCUA